AUGAGCGAUGAAAAACAGCCCCUCCUCACAGGGCCUAGUAUUUUAGUUGAUAACCCAGAGAAUCAAGUCGUAGAAUUAGUGACCAGUCCCACGGGACCAACUAAAGAUGAAAAAAAUAAAAAGGAAUACAAUCCAGCUUCAGAGCGGUAUUUAGAACAUCCGACCUCUAAUUUCGAUACUCUGAUCCAUCUACUGAAAGGUAAUAUUGGAACGGGGAUAUUGGCGAUGCCCGAUGCGUUUAAAAAUGCUGGACUUUUUUUGGGUGUUUUUGGUACUUUAUGCAUGGGAGCUAUUUGCACCCAUUGCAUGCAUAUGUUGGUACUUUGUUCCCAUGAACUCUGUGUGCGUAACCAAAGACCAGCAAUGAGUUUUGCUGAAGUUGUAGAAGAUGCAUUUGCUAUGGGACCUGUACCUUUGAGAAAAUACGCAAAAAAUAUUAGGAACAUUGUCAAUGUGUUUCUUGUAAUAACUCAAUUGGGAUUUUGCUGUGUGUACUUUCUGUUUGUGGCAACUAACCUUCAAGACACUAUGCACUUUUUCCAUAUAAAUAUGGGUGUCCACAGCUACUUAGCCUUAUUAUUUCCGCCGAUGCUAGCGUUGGGUAUGGUGAAGAAUCUAAAAUACUUGACACCGGUUUCUCUAAUAGCUGCUAUUAUGACCGCUUGGGGCUUGGUGAUUACCUUCUACUAUAUAUUGCAAGAUUUACCCCACACUAGUACUGUGAGGGCAUUUGCGAGUUGGCAUCAAUUACCACUCUACUUUGGAACGGCCAUUUAUGCAUUUGAGGGAAUCGGGGUGGUAUUACCUCUAGAGAACAACAUGAAAACACCGCAGGACUUCGGCGGGUGGACAGGUGUUUUGAACACUGGUAUGGUGAUUGUAGCAGCUCUGUAUACAGCGAUAGGCUUCUUCGGAUAUCUCAAGUAUGGGAAUCAUGUCCUUGGGAGUAUUACUCUCAAUUUACCGAAUGAACCAUUAGCGCAAAGCGUACGAGCUAUGAUGGCGAUGGCUAUAUUCCUAUCAUACGGCCUUCAGUUCUACGUGCCGAUGAAUAUAGUGUGGCCUUUUGUCAAAUCGAAACUCACAUCGGAAAAGGCUCUCGCGUAUGGCGAAGCGAUAACAAGAUUCAUAUUGAUUUCGUUGACUUUUAUAGCAGCUGCGUUGAUACCGAAUUUAAGCGGUAUUAUAUCUCUCGUAGGAGCAUUUAGCAGUUCAGCCCUUGCUCUUAUAUUCCCGCCAAUAAUCGAUAUUAUCACGUUCUGGCCCGACCGACUCGGAAAAUAUGACUGGAAAAUGUGGAAGGAUGUCGCCAUUAUCAUUUUCGGUAUAACCGGAUUUGUGUUCGGUACAUACGCGAGUAUAGGAAAUAUUUUAUCGCUUCCGUAA